UGCAGAUUUCAAAACAUCCCUGUGACUGCUCUCCAUCCCUCCGCUCACUGCCCUGGAAAUUGGAUCAACAGCAGCAGCACUUAUCUCAGGCAGAGCCAAGCAACUUUUUCUUAUGCUCCCUUGCUGAUCUUUUUCAAGCCCCCUUUUUUUUACCCUCUUUGACAAUGGCACAUACGGACUAGAUUGGAACUUCACAGAACAGCUGGUAAAUAAUUGAGAGGUUUGCUCUUGAAACUGAUCAUUUAAAGAUCUCCAUACUACAGCAAACUCUGUCAUUUGAUGUCCAUCAAAGGAAGCAGAUUACGACACACUUCUCUUGACGAAGACCUGGAUGUAAAGUCUGAGGUUCCUGUAGGGAUGGACCCCAUAACACCUCUCGACUUAAGAACAGAUCUCAAGACGGUGAUGCCCAUGAUUGAUCCUGUGAUGCGAGAGAAACAGCUACAGCAAGAACUAUUACUAAUUCAGCAGCAACAGCAAAUUCAGAAACAACUUUUAAUUGCUGAGUUUCAAAAGCAACAUGAGAACCUUACAAGACAACACCAAGCCCAGCUACAGGAGCACCUAAAGUUACAACAAGAACUUCUUGCAAUGAAACAGCAACAGGAACUGCUUGAGAGAGAGAAGGAGCACAAAAUGGAGCAGCAGAGACAGGAACAGGAAGUAGAAAGACAUCGUCGGGAGCAGCAACAGCUUUCACACUCUCGAAUCAAAGACAGAGGGAAAGAAAGAGCCGUGGCCAGCACAGAAGUAAAACAGAAACUCCAAGAGUUCCUCUUAAGUAAAUCUGCGACAAAAGAAUCCUUCACAAACGGAACCAAUCAUUCCAUGGGACGCCAUCCCAAACUUUGGUACACGGCAGCACAUCAUACUUCUCUGGAUCAAAGCUCCCCACCUCUAAGUGGGACAUCUCCAUCAUACAAAUACCCUUUACCAGGCUCUCAAGAUUAUAAAGAUGAUUUCCCUUUAAGAAAAACAGCCUCCGAGCCCAACCUGAAAGUUCGCUCCCGUUUAAAACAAAAAGUGGCGGAACGAAGAAGCAGCCCUUUACUAAGAAGGAAAGAAGGAAAUGUACCCUGUAGCACCUACAAGAAGAGAAUAUUUGAAAUGCCAGAGUCGUCGGUGAGCAGCAGUUCUCCAGUAUCUGGACCAAGCUCACCAAACACUGUAUCAGUUGUCAUGAAUGUUGAAAAGGAAACCUCUGUCUUGUCUUCAAACUCACUCACUGAGCAUUUGGUGUCUCACCAUCAACAUUUAGUGCAUCCUGAAAAGUCAAUAAAUCUACUAAACCUAUACACGUCUCCUUCUUUACCCAACAUCACCUUAGGACUUGCAGCAGCCGCCGCUUCACAGCUCAAUGUCUCAUCUUCAUUUAAGGAAAAACAGAAGUACGACCCUGAGGCGCUAAGGCAGGGGGUCUCACUGCCUGGACAAUAUGGUGGAAGUCUCAAUGCAUCCUCGGCCCAUGUUUCUCUAGAAGGAAAAUCUAACAGUAGCCAUCAGGCUUUGCUGCAACACUUAAUGCUGAAAGAACAAAUGCGUCAAAAGCUUUUAACUACAGGGGGGACACCACUUCUUCAGCAAUCCUCACUAGCGACUAAAGACAGAGUUUCACCCUCUGGAAGAGCUGUCCAUAAACUGCCACGCCACAGGCCGCUGCACAGAACGCAGUCUGCUCCACUUCCACAGAACACACUGGCUCAGCUGGUCAUACAGCAGCAACACCAGCAAUUCUUGGAGAAACAGAAACAGUAUCAGCAGCAGAUCCAGAUGAACAAAAUACUGUCUAAUUCAAUUGAGCAACUACGACAACCUGGAAGACAUCUAGAUGAAGCUGAAGAAGAACACGGGGAUUAUUUGAUGCAAGAAGAAAAAGUUUCCACAACUGGUAACUCGAGAAGCUACAGCAGUUUGGAUAUCAGGACUGAACACCUGGGAACUGUGAAAGUAAAGGAGGAACCACCAGAUAGUGAGGAUGAAACUCAACCACAUCAUGAAUCUGAGCAGAAAACAGCUUUUGUACAACAGCAGUUCCUGGUGAACCAGCGUAUCAACCCAUUUCAAAUCUUCCAGGCUCAGAUGGACACAGUUGGCAUGGCAGGAUUAGAGAAACAUCAGCCUGUUUCAAGAGCUCAGUCUUUUCCUGCUGCUACCACGUUACCUCACCCAGCUUCAGACCAGCCCAUCGAGCAUGUCUAUAAGACUGGUAGGACUCCCUAAAGACCUGGUUUAAUAGGCAGGAUAAAUUCACAGUUCACGUAGGAUCAACUGAUUUAAAUGCCUAGAAUACCUCUAGUAGCUGAACAAUCAUUUUACCCUCACUUUUUCUGGAUGUCUCGAGGUUGUGUCGGCAUUGUGACAGCCGUUGUAGCUGAUAAAUCAGAAAUUCCGUAUUCACAAACUCAUAAAUUUCUAUCAUUGAAGGGCUUUGCCAAAAUAUUAACAGGUGCACUUGUGGGUAUUUAUAGUCAUUUUUGUUUGGCAUUCACUUCCCACAGUUCUGUGUUAUAUACAUCUUAUUCUACAUUACCUAUGCAGAAAAAGUAAAAAAAAAAGUAAAAAAAAAUAUAAAUAAUC